AUGUGCGUGGCAAUUGGUGCAAAGCUGCUGGAUCGCCUGCUGAAACGACAGAUCCGGAUCGGGCGUCUUGACCUGACAUAUCCGGACGGCGGCAAGAUCAUAUACGGUCAGCGGACUGCGGUGCCGGUGCGCGCCCAAAUCAAAGACGCGCGCUGGAUCGGGCGCAUCCUGCGCAAUCCCGAACUGCGAGUCGGCGAGGCCUACAUGGACGGCGCGCUGACACUCUGUGACCGGUCGAUUUACCACCUGCUCGAUCUCGUCUGGACCAAUAUCUAUGGUGAUGACGGCACGGCUCAAAACAGAGGUUCGGCCUGGUUGUCACGGAUGAUGCAGGGCCCCAAUCCGCCGUCCCGGGCUCGUCGCAACGUCGCGCACCACUACGACCUGGGCGAUGCGCUCUACCGACUGUUUCUCGAUGACGACAUGCAGUAUUCGUGUGCCUACUUCGCCCGGCCCGACAUGUCGUUGGACGAGGCGCAGGCCGCCAAGAAAGCGCACAUUGCCCGCAAGCUUGCGAUCAAGCCGGGUCACCGGGUUCUCGACAUCGGCUCGGGCUGGGGCGGAUUGGCGCUUGGCCUGGCCCGGCUCGGAGCGUCGGAUGUUCUUGGCAUCACGCUGUCAUCGGAACAGCUUGCCACAGCCCGCAAGCGCGCGACCGAACAGGGGUUGGGCAACCAAGUCCAUUUCGAACUUGCCGAUUACCGCUCGCUUGACGGCCAGUUCGACCGCAUCGUCUCGGUCGGCAUGCUCGAACAUGUCGGCGCACGGCAUUACUCCGAAUACUUCGCUCGGAUCGCCAGGCUCUUGUCCGAUGACGGCGUUGCGCUCAUUCAUACCAUCGGGCGGACGACGCCGCCGGGCGUGACAAAUCCGUGGAUCGACAAAUACAUCUUCCCCGGCGGCUACAUCCCGGCGCUUUCCGAACUCAUGCGGCACAUCGAGCAACUUCGGCUUCAUGUGCUGGAUAUCGAGGUCUUGCGACUGCACUAUGCCGAAACGCUCAGGGCCUGGCGCAAGCGGUUCCUCGAUAAUGCUGAUCAGGCUGCCGCGCUCUAUGAUGAGCGCUUCGUGCGCAUGUGGGAUUUCUACCUGUCCGGCAGCGAAUUGUCGUUCCGCCACGGCGAUCAUGUCGUCUUCCAACUCCAAUUGGGCCGCCGUCAGGACGCGGUCCCUCUGGUCCGCGACUACCUCUACCUCCGAUCCCCUCAAGACGCGGCGACAGCGGCAAACAGCGCUGCAACGCAAAGGGUUUGA